UCCAGUACAGGAAGUAUAUCUAGUGCACUCCAUUUCAAUUCAACAUGAGGGAGGCUUCUGACACAGUUUGCUAAUCUACAAAGACUUGUCUGAAAUAUUUAUGAGCUCAUUUGGGCAGCUUAGCAGAUUUAUGCAGCUGCUUCAGGAUAUCUAGGCUGUCUUGCAGAUUCUCCCUUCACUCUGUUCUGCUAUGUGAGAAAGCUGUAUAAACAUGAAAAAGAACCCAAGGAUUGUGGUGGUGGGGGCUGGCUUGGCGGGGAUAAGGGUGGCCACCAAGCUCCAGCAGGGUGGAUUCAGUGAUGUAUAUCUCUUGGAAGCUGCAGCUCAGCCAGGAGGCAGAGUUGCCAAGGCUCAUCUGGGGAACACCUGGGUGGACACAGGCGCUCAGUUCAUCCACGAUGCCUCUGAAUCAAAUCCUGUAUUCCGCCUGUCAAAACAGUACGGGCUUCUGCAUGAAGUACAAGAGAAGAAAGGGAGGUGGAAAAUUUACAGCAACACUGGCAGCGACAUUGACAUCAACUUUGCUGAAGGGGUGUACAGUGAAGGAGAAGAAAUCAUCCGCCAAAAGUACAGCAACUGUGCAGGGAAGAGCAUGGGAGAGCACUUCACUGAGAAGGCCCAGGGAAUACUGGAGAAAAUGGAUGGUGAUCCAGAGAGCAGAAAGUGGGCACCAGGCCUGCUCAGCAUGGUGGCCAAGGACACUCUCAUUGACAUCGGGGCUUCAGACCUCAACUCAAUUGCUCUAGAUUCAUGGCAGUAUUUUGAACAUAGCUCUGGAGAUGAUCUCAAUAUUGAAGGAAACAUGUUUCACUUAGUAGACAAGAUACUGGAGGACUUCCCUAAAGACAAGAUUUUGCUGAACACAGUUGUACGUCUGAUUGAGUGGAAUGGCUCUUUUAACUCCAAGGAUUCUCAGCAGUAUCCGGUACGUGUGGUUUACGGAGAAGAUAAAGAACUUUUGGCCGAUCAUGUUGUGGUCACCAUCUCCCUGGGUUGUUUGAAAUCAAUAGCCUCCUCCCUCUUUUCUCCCCAACUCCCUGAUGACAAGAUUCAGGCUAUUGAGAAACUCAAGUUUGGGACCAUGAACAAAGUAUUUCUGGAGUACGAGGAGGCUUUCUGGGAGAGUGGCGUGAACGAGAUUAGCCUACUCUGGGAGGAUGAGACCCCCUCCUUUCAGUUCACUGAUUCUGAUCCUAAUGCCUGGCUGAGGUUUCUCCACAACUUUACAGUCAUGCUUCCACAAGAGAGGUUUGGGAAUGUCCUGAUUCUGUGGGCUUCUGGACGAGUGGCUGAGCAGAUAGAGGAAAAGACUGAGGAGGAGCUCUCGGUGGCAAUCACUGAACAACUUCGGAAAUUCACUGGAAAGCUUGAUCUACCUCCCCCCAGGAGAAUUUUAUGCACUAAGUGGAACAGUAACUCCUUCAUUCGUGGUGCCUACACCUACCUGCCUGUAGGAGUAGAUGGCAAGCUGAUGGACAAACUGGCACUGCCUCUGCCAGGCAGGGAGACUGCUGGCCAGGCGCUGCAGGUGCUGUUUGUGGGAGAAAGCACUAUGAAGAACUUGUAUGGCACAGUACAGGGGGCCCUGCUGUCAGGCGACAGAGAGGCAGACAGGCUCAUCCAGCACUACCAGAGGACCGUGCCCUAAAGCUCAACGUGACACUGAUAAAAACAAUAUUAUUUUCUUACUGCACUUCUGUAUAUAUAGAAACUUGAUUGUCCCCUGAUUUGUCUUUGCCUUCUCCCAUAGACGCACACCAAAUUCCUCUUUGUCCUCCACUGUGAAGCAGCAGUUUAAUGAAGUCGGGUCUUUGCCUGCCGCAGUUCCCUUGCAAUAAACAAAUCCUCUCUUGCCAUGCUGGAUCCACCAUUAAUCCCACUAUCUUCCUCUCUCUUUCACACAACUUGUGUAUUUUCUUGUCUUUAAUGAGAAUAUGCACUCACUCGCUAAAACGUUAGGAAUCCCCAAAAAUUUUCCAGGUGUCAAGGGGCCCUUUCAUUUCUUCUUUUUCUUUAUUGCUCCCCACCCCUCUUCCCAAGGUCUUGUCCAAACUAGAAAAUCCACGCCACACGCCUUCAAGUGCCAAUAUCUUAGCUGUGGUAAUUGCCUUAGGUUUGGGUAACCAGUAUGUUCUUCAAACCUUGUGAUUUUCAAUCCUCCCUAAUUGUUUUCUGCCCCAUUGUCUGCAUUUGAAUACGUUGGAGUUGGGGGAGGAAAUAGACACAGGCGUACAGCGGACACCCACACAUUGACACAAUCCUGGACGCAAAAUGCAAACUGAAUUAAUCACAGCCCAUAAACCUGCCUCUUCUUCAGCUGUUGGCUUUCUGUGACACAUGCACCACCAGUUAAGCUUCUUAUAAGGUCACUUAUAUCCACCUCUUUUUUUUUUUGCAUUGCACAAUAAAUUUAGAAAAAGAA